AGUCAGCUGUCAGCUAUGAGCAGGUUCAGGUUCUCUCACAGUGAUUCUGUAGAACCCUGAAUUCAGGAGCUGGACUUUUAUCCUUGUGUCUUUGUGUGUUCCUGAUUCAGUCUUGUAGUGUGGAUGGGUUCCUCGAGGAGUUUGAGGAAGUUCUCUCUGCUGCAGUCUCCAUUUUCCAGCCAGCGUCACUCCGACCACAACCAUGUCCGGCUCCUACGAUGAAUCCACCGCUUCUGAUGAGGCCAUGGACAGUUUUUGGGAGGUGGGGAACUACAAACGUGCAGUAAAGAGAAUUGAUGAUGGCCAUCGACUAUGCAACGAUCUCAUGAGCUGCCUUCAGGAACGAGCCAAGAUUGAGAAGGCCUACAGUCAGCAGCUCACUGAGUGGUCCAAGAGAUGGAGACAGCUGAUCGAGAAAGGACCUCAGUAUGGUUCUGUGGAGCGAGCCUGGCUGGCCGUGAUGACGGAGGCGGAGAAAGUGAGUGAGCUCCAUCAGGAGGUGAAGAACGGCCUGCUGAAUGAGGACGUGGAGAAGGUGAAGAAUUGGCAGAAAGACUCCUACCAUAAACAGAUAAUAGGUGGAUUCAAGGAGGCCAAAGAGGCAGACGAAGGUUUCAAGAAAGCUCAGAAACCGUGGGCCAAGAAACUGAAAGAGAUGGAAACAUUUAAGAAGACGUACCACAUGGCAUGUAAGGAGGAGAAACUGGCGGCUUCCCGCGAGGCCAACAGCAAGGCCGAGGCGUCCGUCACUCCAGACCAGCAGAAGAAACUGCACGAGAAAACAGAGAAAUGCAAACAGGACGUGCAGAAGGCAAAGGAGAAGUAUGAGAAGUCUCUGGAUGAGUUGGGGAAGUGUCAGCCUCAGUACACUGAGAGCAUGGAGCAGGUGUUUGAUCAGUGUCAGCAGCACGAGGUCAAGAGACUGAACUUCCUUAAAGAGGUUCUACUGGACAUUAAACGUCACCUCAACCUCACAGAGAACCAAAGCUAUGCAUCAGUUUACCGUGAGCUGGAGCGCAGCAUCCUCGCCAUCAGCUCACAGGAGGAUCUGAAGUGGUUCAGCAACAACCACGGCCCCGGCAUGCACAUGAACUGGCCCCAGUUUGAGGAAUACAAUCCAGAGGCCACAAAUGCUGUGGCCAAGCGAGAGAAGAAGAAGCCGGAUGGAGCUGCUCCUGCUACACCCAGUACGGAGCACGGAGGACAGCCAGGAGACCGCGGCAGUGUGAGCAGCUAUGAUAAGAACCAGGCGUACUCUACGGAAUGGUCUGAUGACGAACAGCCGGCUGGUUGUUCAGGAAACGAGACUAACGGCGGCGGGAACUCAUUCGAGGAGGACUCUGGCAAAGGAGGAGUGAGAGUGCGAGCGCUGUACGAUUAUGAAGGACAGGAACAAGAUGAGCUCAGCUUUAAAGCAGGAGAUGAACUACUGAAGAUUGAGGAGGAGGAUGAUCAGGGCUGGUGUCGGGGACGUAUGGAUAAUGGACGGACGGGAUUGUACCCCGCCAACUACGUGGAGGAAAUUUAAUGAUGGGGAAUAACGCCGCGUUAUAACGGUCCAGUACAGAGCCAGAGACUUCAAAGAGAGACAUACACACAAACACACACACACACACACACACACACACACACACACACACACACGAACACACACACACACACGAACACACACACACACACACACACACUGUCUCACACACAUACA